UUAUUAUAGUCUUAAAGAAAUUUUCUAACGAAACGGUUGCUGGUUGCUCGCUACCCAACUAACUAGUAUUAAAAUGGCUACAAUCAAAACAAUUUUAACAUUAACACUUUUAAUGACCCUAAUGGGUACAUUACAUGGCCACUCCUAUGAAGAAAUGGACGAGGAACUAAUGCAUCCUAGCUUUAAGGAAGAAAAGCAAGGUCGAAUUCGUUUAGUGGCUCGUGAAGGAGAAGAUACUAAUGAGUUUUGGCUAAAUAUGGGUAAAGAUUUUGUGCGUCAACAGAAGCAGCAGCAACAAAAUACCAAUGUGGCUAAAAAUAUUAUAAUGUUUUUGGGUGAUGGCAUGGGUUUGACCACCCUGGUAGCAGCCAGAAAUUAUAUUAAUGCUGAGCACACUAAACUAUCGUUUGAAGAGUUUCCCUACACUGGUUUAUCGAAAACCUAUUCGGUAGAUAAAAUUGUACCCGAUUCAGCAACAACAGCCACGGCUUAUUUGUGUGGCGUUAAGGCUAAUUAUGGUACAAUAGGUGUUAAUGCUGCCAUUGCAAGAGAUGAUUGUGAAGCUAUGAAAAAUUCAAGCAAUCAUGUUUUCUCCAUAGCGAAAUGGGCCAUGGAUGAGGGUAAAUCAGCAGGUUUUGUUACUACCACACGUGUUACUCAUGCUUCUCCAUCUGGUGUUUAUGCUCAUACCGCCGAUCGUGAUUGGGAAAGUAAUGCUGAUAUAGAAGCAGUUUGUGGUGAAAAUCAUGGUUUAGAUGAUAUAGCCCAGCAAUUGAUAUAUGGCGAAGUAGGCUCUAAACUUAAAGUAAUGAUGGGUGGUGGUAAAAGUGCUUUCGUAGAUAAACGUCUCUAUGCUAAUGGCUGGCGUACAGAUGGUCGUAAUUUACUAGAGGAAUAUCAAAAACAAUCGCCUAAAUACAAAUUGGUAGAAACCAAAGAACAAUUGGAAGCAUUGGAUUUAACACAAACUGAACGAUUAUUGGGUGUGUUUAAUGAUGGUCAUUUAGAUUAUCACUUAGAGGCUGUAGCCAAUCCUGAAAAUACUCAACCUACUUUAGAGGAAAUGACUAAAAAGGCCAUAGAGUUUAUGCAGCAACAAGAGGAUAAUGGUUAUUUCUUAUUUAUUGAAGGAGGCAGAAUUGAUAUGGGCCAUCAUGACACUAAGGCCCGUUUGGCUUUAGAUGAAACUAAGGAAUUUUCUCAAGCUAUUGCUUUGGCUCGUCAAAUGACCAGCGAGGAAGAUACUUUGAUUGUGGUGACUUCCGAUCAUUCGCAUACCUUUAGUGUGGCUGGUUAUCAAGAUCGUGGUUCAGAUAUUUUCAGUUUAGUUAAAAAUGCUGAUGAUCAAUUACCCUAUGAACCCUUAAGUUAUGCCAAUGGCAAAGGUUAUUAUCAACAUUAUGAUGUUAAAAAUAGUAAACGUGUUAAUCCGGAGCAAGUGUUAAAAGGUCAACCUAAUGAUGUAUUCCCCGCCACCGUGCCUUUAGAUUCAGAGACUCAUGGUGGUGAGGAUGUGGGUGUUUUUGCCUCAGGUCCUUGGUCUCAUUUGUUUACGGGUGUGUAUGAACAGAAUGCUAUACCUCAUAUGAUGGCCUAUGCCGCCUGUGUUGGUGAGGGUCUGAAGGCUUGUGAUACCGUAGGAAAAAAUUGAGAAUUCUUAAUAAUAACCACUUAAGAUUAAAAGCUAAAAUAUUUCAACGUAUUUUUAAGUGAAUUUUAAAGUAUUAAGAUAAGGAAAAACAAAAUUGUAAAUAAAUAACCAAAAAUGUAUGUGUA